AAAGAAUUUCACGUAAAAAUAUUUCUACUUAAAUAAUACUGUAUUGAGAACGAAUCUUGAGGCGGAUAAAUAUACAAAGUGAGGUUUAAAAAGAGAUGAGGCAUGGUGUGACGGCCAAGUCUAGAGGCUGAGCCAUGGAGCCAAGCUGGGUGAUACUUGCCACGGCCCUUGUGGCUGUAUUUGCGCAAAACAACAGAAACGAUGGUCCCAGGUUCCUGUCCCGGGGGCAUUCAUUCAGAACAGUGGUAGGAGACACGCUGUUAUUACCUUGCCAAGUCCAGAACUUAGGGUCACUAGUACUGCUAUGGAGGCGAGGUCCUGCCGUCCUGACAGCUGCAAGCCUUAUGGUGACGAGAGAUGAAAGAUUUCGCCUUGUUGACGGCUAUAAUCUUCAAAUAACAGACGUUGGACCACAGGAUGCUGGUGACUACGUCUGUCAGAUAUCAGACCGCGUGGCACGGGACCAAGUGCACACAGUGGAGGUUCUGGUACCUCCAAGCGUUCGAGCCUCACCGGAGUCCAGGCAUGCGGCUGCCAGACGAGGUGGCGCUGCUGUGCUGGAAUGUCGAGCGUCAGGGAACCCGGUACCGUCAGUGACCUGGCAUAAGUUGAACGAGACAAGCACCCGUUUGGGUGAAGGAGCCCAGCUUCAGCUAUCCAGACUGGAACGUCAACAUAGUGGGAAGUAUGCCUGCACGGUGGACAAUGGCGUUGGACCACCAAUAGUUACAGAGUUCCAGCUGCAAGUGCUAUAUCCUCCAGAGAUCACCGUGGAGAGAUCGUGGGUUCAUACUGGGGAAGGCUUCCGGGCUGAGCUGCUGUGUACCGUCCUCGCCGACCCACCAGCUGAGGUUCUCUGGUACCAGAAUUCAUUUCCGCUGUCCGCAUCAGAACGCGUGACGAUGUCCGUGCGAGGGAACAACCACACGCUCCUCAUUGCCAACGUUCAACCGGAAGACUUCGGCAAUUUCACGUGUGUAGCCGACAACAGCCUCGGCCGAGCUCGUCAACACGUGGAAGUAUCUGGAAGACCAGGAGCAGCUCGCUUUACUUCCCCCCCUCUUGCCAGAUCCAGAACAUCGUAUACCUUGUCCUUUUCCGUUGACAGCUACCCUCCACUUGACGAAUUGAGGCUACUAUAUAGACAGCUCGCGAUAAACGAAUCGUUCCAACAACCUGGUCGCUGGCACGACGUUGUCAUCCCCGCGCCUGAACCCGCGGGCUCCUUGACACACAGGGUGACACACGAGCUCAGAGGGUUGCAGCCGGGGGCGGUGUACGAAGCGAUUGUCCAGGCGAAGAAUAGAUAUGGAUGGAAUGAAGUCAGCGAUAUAUUCCAAUUCCACACACUAGGCGGUUCACACUCAGUACACGCAGACGAACUAUCGCCGAUGUUCUCGUCAGCGGUCACCCAUCGAAUGACAACGUUUACUGUCGUCCUCGCCUUUUAUGUCUACCUACUCGGAUGAUUGGGGAUUCCCAGCCAAUUCGAAUUUUGACGUUCCAAUUUUAACACCAAUCUAUUUUUCAUUUGA